AUGAGCGCAGACGAAGGCGGGGAGACGCUUUCAAUUCCCGCCACCAACGGCGAACCUCAAUCCGCGACUCCAGAUCCGCCUGUACUGUCGACGCCUGGAAAGCGAAAGCGUGGAUCGAGCCAUGAUGUUCAUGCUGCCCAGGAUGCAGGUACUUCUGAGUUGCAGGUUCAGGAAAGGGUGAAGCUCCACGAAACGCUGUGUAAUCUCGUGGAUAUCCUCAGCAAGAAUGAUACCGAACUUCAGCUACUCUCUUGCCCUCUUCCGUCGUCACCUGCGAAGCCGCGUUCGAAACGCGCAAAAAUAUCAGGAGAGAAAGACGAAAGCACUAGCAUACAAGCGAGGGUUGCGUCGGAUCGUUACAAUACGCUCUCUGAAUUUCUGAGUGAUAUCGACAGAGCCUCCACAGCUGUAAUCGAGCGGAGCAAAGCUCAAAGCAGUGAGGGCGAAGCCACCGACGGCAACCGCCUGACAGAGACGGUCAAUCGGAUUGCGGCAUUCAAAAAACUUUUGAAUAGUCUGGUGCGCCAGGCUUCUGUGGGCCAGGCCAGCGUCAAGAGGGAGAGCACGGAAGACGACUCAGAGGCUCCAGGAAAAUCAACACCCUCUACCACUGAAGGUCGAAGCGAUAAUGUGGUUCUCACCAUUCUUGGUAACCCAUCCAAUCCGAAACAGCUAUAUUCCAGCUUGCAAAAAUCUGUUAAGGUUUCUCUGCCUUCUGGUGAAUCAGUCGCAGAGAAGUACGUGGAAGUACAAACACCUUUGCGUGAGAUUGGCUUGCCCAAUGGUAUCGCGACCACCAAAAUUGCGGCUUACAACACAGAGAACAAGCCCAAAGAGUCCAAGCGAACCUUUGGCGACGUGUUCACACCUCGUCCAACACUGCCGCAAUUAGAGUCGCCCCGCAGGGCCAGGUCGUCGUCUCGUACUGCUCCUGGAGGUUGGAUUGACCCAUUUGAAGCAGUCACAAACUACAAGGCCUUUCCUGGCGAGCGAAAUAACUAUUGCCUUGCGCCUCUUCCUUCGGGCCAAUGGCUCCAGUACGGCGGAAUCACCUCAUCCCCUUCUUUCUGGGAUCGACGACAAAAGCAACAAUCCGCUCAGCCGCACGGAGACGAGAGAUAUUAUGAGGAUCCUGCUCUGUGGACAGAUGACGACUCGUCUCUGUUGCAGGGCGUGUAUUCUUCAUUCGCACCUUCGUUUGACAGCUCAGGAGCCAUUGUUCAAGCUGAUUCAAAGGACAUGGUAUGGUGGGGAAAACGGGGAACGAAACGCUUGUACACCCUCCUUACCAAGACCUGCUCAGAGGAGCCUCAAGAAGCAUCGGAAGUAUCCGCGACAGAGCAACCUGGCAACAUUGGUGAAUUGGACGAAAGCACUUUGGAAGAGAUGGUCAAGUCAUUCAACCCUGAAGACUUUGCUGAGCAUAUCUCACUUACCAAUACUUUGGAGAAAGAAAAGGAAGAAGCAGAAUCGAAGGGAAUGGAUGACCUGUUACGCGAUGUUUCUGAACUGCUGGAGACUCUGAGCUCAUAUCAGAAGAUCCGCAACCUGGAACUACCAGCUCCAGGCGGUGAACCCAAAGAGACAGCAACAGACCAAGGCAACCCAUCUCAUGCGUCUGCAGCAGAACAGGGUAUCUAUGAGACACUCAAAUCCAGCCUUGCCGCUCUCGUCUCAAACCUACCGCCAUACGCCGUUGCCAAGUUGGACGGUGACCAACUAGCCGAAUUAAAUAUCAGUACAAAGAUUUUGGUCGAUAAUCCGGACUAUCACGGCAUAAUGGAGAAGGAUGACUUUACCCUGCAGCAGGAGCGGGCCGCGGCGAUGGCUGCUGGGCAAAACCGAACAUCUACACCCAGCCGCUCUGGAAGCUAUCAGGCAGGUUACAACCAGCGGGCCUAUACUGCUAACGCUCGGGUACAACAACCGCAAGCUGGUUUCCAGGCGCCCCAGCCGUAUUACGGCGGAAGACAGCCUUCGACCUCAGGGCCUUAUACCUCAGGCCCUCCACAACACUAUGCUAAUGUUCGCCCUCCGGCAACGCCUACUCAGCGGCCCGCAUUUGUGCCAGGAUACCAACAACCUACUCCGCAAUAUAAUCAGGCCAAUCUUCAGCAGUUCCAGCGUCCGGGCCAGAACGGCUACAGCCCCUAUGCGGCACCGCAAGCUUUACCGCCUGCUCAAGCUUCUCCGCAGGCGUACGCGCCCAGGCCUGCACAGGCUGGAGCAUACGCCCCGCAGUAUGCUGCAGGGCGUAGUGGCUCGCCGCAGAAGCAGCCAGCAUAUGCCUCGCCUCGGACACGGGCACCAUAUAUGGCGCCAGGCUCUGCAACCCCCCAGCAGCGGUAUGUCCCGCCGCAGCAACCACCCAAUUACAACUACCCUUCCAACCAAGCUGCCCCGGCGCCAAACACCUACUCCAACUCUGCCGCUGCAAUGACUUAUGCUCGGAGUGCUGCUGAGCAGGCUGCAUUGAUGGACCGGAACAAAGCACAAUUAGCGCAACAAACCCGGCAGAGCUCAACACCUCAGCCUACUACGGAUGCCAGCUCCCAAGACCGAAGUAUAACGCCAGCAAUCAAGCAAAAUGGUACUCCUGUACCUUCGUGA